GUUUGUGGUAUAAUGUGAUCCGUGAUUAGCAUCCAUCCAAAUCUAUAACAAAGUUAAAUAGUCUUAUAUACUCUUAUUGCUUCUUUUCAUAUUUGUAACCGUGUCUUGUCUCUUAUAGACUUUACCAUAAAACUCCAAAAUCGGGAACCCGACUAAAUUAUAAAGGCCAUCUCAACAACUUAUUACAUAUAUGGACAAAUAACUCUUACCAUAUGAGCGUUACACUCUUUUAACUUUCCUUGUCUCUAUUCAAAUCCAAUUCUCUCUCUAUAUACGAGUAAAGACAUCCUCAUAUACACAUAAAACAUAUUAACAUUCUAUCAUCAACAAUUUCUUUCAAGUUCUAACAAAAGUUUGGUGUUUUUUACUUUGGUUUCUUACUAUCACUUCUUCACUCUCUCUUUCUCCAUAUAAUGAAGGGACGUAUGUUUUGCGCUUCGCAAGCAUCAACAGCCAUAUGUUCAAGCAUGGAUCACGUUCACAAAUCAACCACCACCGAAGACGAUGAACCAAGUAGCGGCCGAGCUAUAGACCGCCACAAUCCGAUCAUUAAAGAUGGCCGAAGAUCAUUCGCCGAGGACUUCAUUAAACUACCAGCUUCUGGCGGAGACGGAGAGAUGAGUAACAAAAAACUAGAGAUCUAUAAAGGCAGGAUAAGCAUUACUGGCCGGAGAAGCACGGGUGGUGGCGGGGGAGGCGGAGCAGCGGCGUUGUUGAAGCUUAUUACCAAUGACAUUGGCCUAGCGAGGAAGAGUUUCAGCUGUGUUGCGAGACCAGCAUGUGACUUAAUCAAAACCCCUGUGGGUUCUACAAGGUAUCUUUUGGAAUCCGACCCGGAUUCUAUUUCCGGGUCUACAGGUCGGAAUCCGGCUAAGACGGUAGAAGCUGAAGCUCCUGCUGGUGAAGACAUAACGUUGACGGAGAAGAAGACAACUUGUGGUGGUUCGGACCAGCAGCAGGUCGUUAAUCUUAAAGUGUCUCUCCACUGCAGAGGCUGUGAAGCCAAAGUUAGGAAACACUUGGCCAGAAUGCAAGGUGUAACAUCUUUCAACAUAGAUUUUGCUGCAAAGAAAGUGACUGUGACCGGAGAUAUCACUCCCUCGGAAAUAUUGGAUAGCAUCUCAAAGGUUAAAAAUGCCCAAUUUUGGACAACUCCAACAAUCCCAAAGCCGAACGUAGAAACCCAAAAUCCCUAAUUUACUUCUACUCCUUUUUUUUUUUUUAAGAUGCAACAAUAAUGUUAGGGAUGUUGGUGUGCACAAUAAGUACUAAUAAAAGUUAAACGGAAGGCAAAUUAACCUCGGCUUUUGUUUACAACAGAAGAUACAACUUUGUUUAAUUAGUACUCCCUCUAUUCCUUAUUAUUGUAUUUUAUAGGGGAAAAAAUUGUUUAAAAAAAUAAUAGAUAUUUUAAAUUUUUGGUAGGUUGAAUAGCCAUAGUUGUCUGCCAGGAUUUGCUCGGGUCACUUUUCCCAUUCCAGUAACUUAUGAGCUCAUAUAAAUCAAAGGCGAAUCUUUCAACACAGGAGUAAAAGCAGUUGUCCUCUUGGAUACAACAAUGAUACCUCAGAAUCCUACUAGUAUUUGUAUCAGCUAACACCAUCAAUGCAAUCUCGUUUUGAAUUA